AGAGGCCACACUGUUGCUCCCGGUUUACCACCUGCAGGCCUACGUGUAGCUGAACAGGGAGGACGUCCCCCACCUCUAGAGGCUCCCCCGGCACGCUGCUGUUCCACUCUCCUGCUCUCUUGUCCGUGUCUUUUGGCUCCUCCCCGCACUGAUUAAAUGCCCGCUCGGCGGUUCAGUCAGCUGCAGAUGACGGCAGUCAUGACUGAGGAGCAUUAAGUUUUUUUCAUCCUGACAGCCAGCAAGCAAGCAUCUGAGUUUUUUUUUUUUUCCUUUUUGGCAGCCUUACCAUCCAAGAAGCCGCUAUGAAGACCAUUCUUGCUGCAUACUCUGGCGUCCUCAAAGGAACCGGCUCCAGCAUCCUCUCUGCCCUGCAUGACCUGCCGCUAGCGUUGUGGCCCUGCAGAUCCAAGAUGGAAAAGCAUCUGCAGGUCAUCUCUGUGCUGCAGUGGGUCAUCAGCUUCUUAGCCAUGGGUAUUGCCUGCACUGUGCUGCUGAUCUACAUGUUCUGCACUGACUGCUGGCUUAUCGCUGCCAUUUACACCGCCUGGCUCAUCAUCGACUGGAACACCCCGAAAGAAGGUGGAAGGAGGUCCUCUUGGGUGAGGAACUGGACAGUGUGGACAUAUUUCCGAGACUACUUUCCAAUUCGGCUAAUUAAGACCCACAACCUGCUGCCCAGCCGGAACUACAUAUUUGGCUACCACCCCCACGGUAUCUUCUGUUUUGGUGCUUUCUGUAACUUUGGGACAGAGGCCACUGGCUUCUCCAAGAAAUUCCCGGGCAUCAAGCCUUCCCUGGCAACCUUGGCAGGAAACUUCCGCUUGCCUGUGCUCCGAGACUACUUAAUGUCUGGAGGCAUCUGUCCAGUGAACAGGAACUCUAUAGAGUACCUGCUGUCACAUAACGGGACAGGAAAUGCUGUGGUCAUCGUUGUCGGAGGAGCAGCAGAGUCUCUGCACUGUGCGCCGGGCAUGAACUCUGUCACACUGAGGAAUCGUAAAGGCUUUGUGAAGUUGGCCCUGCAGAAAGGGUCUGACCUGGUUCCAGUGUAUUCUUUUGGAGAGAACGAUGCCUACAAGCAGGUGAUCUUUGAAGAAGGAUCAUGGUGGAGAUCUCUCCAAAAGAGAUUACAGAAGAUCUUAGGCUUUGCGCCAUGCCUUUUCCAUGGAUGUGGUCUCUUCUUUGGAAACUCCUGGGGCAUUGUGCCUUUUUGCAACCCUAUCACCACCAUAGUUGGGGAGCCAAUCACAGUGCCAAAAAUUGAGGAACCAACUGAUGAGAUGGUGAAUCUGUACCAUGCAAUGUACAUCAAGUCUCUCCAGUGCCUUUUUGACAAGUACAAGACCCGCUUUGGCCUGAAAGAGAGUGACAUCUUGCACAUCCAGUGAAAGGAUGGGUCCCUGUUAAAGCUCCAAACUGUGGCAGCAUCGUCAGACCCCUGCACCCCCUUCCCCUCCUCCACAUCCAGACUUGGUGCCCAGGGUGGAUGUUCUCUGGACUGCAAACUCCACACACUAGCAUGUUUGCCACAGAAAGCUUUGCUGUGCGUUGUUGCUCUCACACACACAUAAGCAUACUUUAUUCUCAGGAAAUGGCAGGUUUGGUGAAUAGUGGCCUCUUCUUGCUGCUGUUGUCAGGUUAAACAAUCGCGGUUGGACAAAGUUACACAAAAAGUCUGACUUUGUUGUUUCUGUUUCCAUUUUGUCAGUGAAGGCAUCAAGUUUGGACUGUCUUAUGAGUGCAGAGGGGUUACGUUCCACUAGAUGGAGCUGGAUGCAGGCCCUCAAAGAAGUGCCAAUGUUUUCUUUCACUCAUGCAUUCAAAUAAUUUUCCCUAAGCUCUUUAAGAUCCUGUUAUAUGCUAAAUGCACAAACAAUGCAAAUGAAAGGUACUACUUUAUUUUUGGGAUAAUAAGCCCAAAGGUUAAUUGAGCCAAAGACCUAUGUUGUCCCCACAGAUGCAUGUAUUUCUACUGUAUUAAAGCUGAAAGUAGUGGAAUUCUACACAGUGAAUUCAUAUUGUGAAUGCACAACACAUGAGUGCCUGUGAUUGUAAAAUGCCAUAAAGUAUUAAUUGUAUUCUGUAGAGAGGAAAAAAGCCCAUUUUAGUGGCUGUCCCUCAAUGAAUAUUUCUGAUGCACUUUUUGUAAUGCUGAUUACCUUCUGAGAUUUUGUCUCGAGGAAAAUGCCUUAAGAGAUUUUUUUUUUUUGUUGUUUCCAAGACAGUCAUUGUGCUUGUUGGCUUGAUUUUCCUUUCUUGUCCCACUGGUGUCCAGGCCUGGAUGGGUGUGUUCUGUCUAUGCAGCAAAAGCCACAGCAGUGUCUUGUAUGUUCAGGUGUUUUUAGCCAACUAGCUAAAGUUUUGAGCUGGUGCUAAAGAAGGUAAAGUAGCCUUGUGGGUGAAAGUGAUUCCAGUGUUCAGAACAUCACUGUGUAGCCAUUCCAUGGGUGAUGACUGAAAAGGAAGGGAUUACAUCGGGUAAUGCCUUAUUAAUGGGGAUAAGUUAUAUUUGAAGGUGUCAUUAGUACUUAUGUAAAAUAAGAGUAUGAGAAAAAAUAAUGUAUCCUUGGAAUCAUCAGAAUGAGUAAGUUUGUGUCAUGUCGAUGGGUAUGGAGAUGGGCAGUAAAUUAUAGGAUUGUCAUUUGAAGAGCAUUUUUCCUCUGUGCUCAUCGUUGUGACUUCUUAUGAAGAGCAGUGUAAUCCCUGUGCAAUAAAUUCUCAAGCAAUAAACAGUGAGACCUGUCUAUAUGAUGAAUGGCAUCACCUGUCUGCUGAUAUUUAAAUUAAACUUUUGUAUGUUUUCAGAAGGA